UUUGUUUGUUCGAAAUACAUGUAUUACCGGCGUAUAGAUAUUAGGUAUAUAGUUUAAAGUAGGAACUAGGAUCCAUAGUCUAAGAAUUAAGAUUGCCGGCUAUAAAUUAUAAUAAUUUGUUAUUAAUAUAUAUUACCGCGCGACUGUAAAUUGUAGUCGUAACAUUAUAGACCCGAUAGGUAUUAGUGCGUAGGAGUGUAAUGAAAAAACAAGCAAAGAGUAGCGAUCUAAGAUCGUUAGAUUAAUAGUGUUCUGUGUCUAAGAUUCUCUACGAUUUCCUACUUAGAUUUUAAAAUUUGAAUUUCGAGCAACCAAUUGUUUAAAUUUGCAAAAAACCCUUAGCGGUCGUGAUUGUGUCCCAACUCCCACAAUAAAUACAAUGUGGCUGACAAACUUUCAUUCAUUAAAAUCAUCCAACAAUAUUGAUACAGAACGCAAAGUUUACAAUGCUCUGGAAUCAGAUGAUCUGGCUGAUAUAGUUAUGACAGCAUUAGAAAUACUGAACUUGCAGACAAAAUUCGCCAAUAAGUUCAUUCCUCAAGAGGAAAUAUACAUGUAUAAAUCUGAAAUUCCUUCAACUAUAUAUCGUGAACAGGGAAAUAAUCAUUUCAACAAUAAGGAAUAUAAAGCCGCCUUGGAGUUAUACAAUAAAGCCCUAAUGUUUGCGCCAGUUAACUCCAGAGCUAUGGCAUUGGCUUACAGCAAUAGAUCAGCAAUUCUUUUCAAAGUAAAUCUUUUUGAAUUAUGCAUAUCGGAUAUUGAAAAAAGCCUGGCUGCAGAAUGCCCAUCUCAUAUAAUAACAAAACUUCAAAACAGAAGGGAAGCAGCUGAAAAACAUGUGGGAUUAUACAUAUAUCAGUAUGAUGAUGUGAUAAAAAAUUAUGCCCAAAAUUAUUUUGAUGUAAAACAACACCAACAGAUACCAUAUGCCAAUAUAGAUGUCAGGCUGAUAGAUGGAGAAGUGAAAGUCACUGCAAGAUCUUCCAUACAUUCAGGGAAAGUAAUAACUUAUGAAGAACCAUAUAUGAUGACUUCUAUUACGGAUAAUAGACUGGUACUUUGUCACUAUUGUUACAAGUUUGUGCCAAAUUUAAUACCUUGUCAAAACUGUUGUGAUGUUUUAUAUUGCAGCGAAGACUGCAAAGAUUUGAGCUUCAAAGAAUAUCAUGAGAUUGAAUGUAAAAUCGUGAAUUUUAUAGAACUAACAGAGUAUGAAGGAGUCAUUCAUUCUUUAAUAUUUAGAACUGCACUUAAAAUGAAAUAUGGAUCUUCUUGGAAUGACUUCAUCAAGGCUUCCAAGUUGAUGGGCUCUGAACGAAUAAAGAGCAGUAAUAUUGAGACAUUAAACUUUACCAAUAAAUUUUCCAUACUUUGUGCAAGUGAAAAUAAGCCAUUUAUAUAUGGAAAAAAAUUCAAUACCAGUUUUGUUUUUGCUAAACUUAUACAACACUUAGACAAAAGUAGAUUAUUCUUUCCACAAAGUGGGAAACAGAAAGCAAUGAGGGCAUUUGCUAGAAUAAUGAUGCAUUUAUAUCUGUAUGCUUCAGUACGGAAAUUAUAUCCGUAUUCAUUUGAUGCAUUUUUAAAACUACACUUGCUUGUAAGAGUACCUUCUUUUGGAAUCUACACUUUUGCUAGUAAGCUGAAUUAUUCCUGCAAACCGAAUUGUGUGUUAAUUUCAUUGAACAGAAAAACAUAUUAUAUUGCUAUCAGGAAUAUCAAACCUGGAGAUGAGCUGAUUGUGUCCGAUGAACUGUUUCCAGACACUGAUUGCAAGAUUUCAGCCCAAGACUACAACUAUGUAUGUGAUUGUUUAGCGAACAAAGAUCAGACCUCGAGGGAUCAUGUCUCUAGUGAACAGAAGCUUUACUAUAAUAAUCUGGAUAUUGACAAUUUGAUAACUUUAGGUAAAGAUGAAAAAAUUUCAUUUAUAUUUGAGACAACUGCAAAAGCUUUGGAUGUCCUUGGUGAUGUACCAGGGUCUGAUGAAUACAAGAAAGUUUACAGACUCUUCCGCUUUUGUUUAGGUGCCUUAGAAUUUACUCAGACAGAAAGUAUUUUUAUUUCUCCCGAUAUGAAUUAAUGUCGCAAUAUCUCAGUAUAAUUAUUUUUAACAUUAAUUGUGUGUGCAAGCGCUAAUGCUUCGGUUUGAAGGGUGCUGAAUAACAAACUGGGUGGGAUAGUGACUUUUAUUCAAUCAUAUUUUCAUUGGUUAUACUUAAUACAUUCUUUAUAACAAUAUUGAUUUUUCUACAAUAGUAAAACAGCAUGAGGAAGAAAAACUAGAAUUUUUGUAAGAACUUUUGUUUUAUUACACUAAAGAAGAAUAAAAUAAACAUAAUUUAAAAAAAA